AUGGACCAUCAGAUCAUUGUCUCGACUCUCGCCCUGUGCUUGGCCUUUAUCUUGGUCUAUUUCAGCAUCUUCGAGCGACAUGACCGUCUACCUCCUGGCCCGAAACCUCUUCCUUUUCUUGGAAACAUCUUGCAAUUUCCUGCUAAAUACAAGGAACGAACGUUCGUUAAGUGGGGCAACAUCUAUGGGGACAUUGUCUAUGCGCAUUUUUUGCGAACUCCAAUCAUCAUUAUCAACGCCCAUUGUGUUGCACAGGAUAUCCUUGACAAGAAAAGCUCCAUAUAUUCAGAUAGACCCAAUGUGGCCGUGCUCUCUGACAUGACUGGGAUGAACAUCAGCCUCCCCGCAUUACCCUACGGGGAGCAAGCGCGCAAGCAGCGAAAAUGGUUCCAGCAUGCCGUAGCGAGCAAAAGUACCCUCAAGCAGUACCAGCCUAUCCAACGUAGGGAGACCCUCACUCUCUUGUCUGGACUAUGUGAGAAUGCGGGUUCUUUGAGGCUACAUAUCAAUCGCUUUGCGGCGGGUAUAUUAAUGGAGAUCAGCUACGGAUACACCAUUCGAUCCCUUGAUGAUGUCUAUGUGCAUUUGGCCAAUCAGGCUAUGGCGGGAACACUCGAAUGCGGCUAUCCGGGGCUUAUGCUAGUGGACUUCAUACCAUUAUCUCUUUUGAAACUGCUCCCCACGCGUAUUCCUGGCUAUCUUGGGUGGUUCAUACGUACGGCAUCCGUGAUCAAGGGAGCCUCGGUACUCUUGCACGAUACUCCCUAUAAUAUGGUGAAGUCUGCAAUAGCCUCUGGAAACGCCCGCCCAUCCUUGGUUUCCUCUCUUUUAAGUGACAACGACAGCGACUCAGACGAAUUGGAUGCACAAGACGAGAUAGACAUAAAAGCGACGGCCGCCAGCAUUUAUAGCGCUGGCAUAGAGACGAUGUUAUCGGUUCUAUCCAGCUUUUUGCUCGCGCUACUGCUGCAUCCUCGUGUUCUCCAGAAAGCUCGGGAGGAACUGGAUCAGGUGGUAGGGACCGAACGUCUGCCGGACUUUGACGAUAGAAAGCAUCUCGCCUACAUGGAAUGUGUGUUACAAGAAGUAUACAGAUGGGCAUGCCCUGCCCCCGUCACCAUGCUUCACAAAUUGGCUGUGGAUGAUGAGUAUCAAGGCUAUCAUAUUCCUGCUGGUGCAUCAGUGGUGGCUAAUGCAUGGGCAAUGACUCGCGAUGUGCGGACUUACGUCGAUCCAGAAGUCUUUCGGCCUGAGCGAUUUCAAGACCUACCGGUGGGGGCUAAAGAUACAAUGGAUCCGCGUUGCUAUAUGUUCGGGUUUGGGCGUCGCGUGUGCCCCGGAAAGCUCUUAGCGGAUAGUAGUCUGUGGCUGGCUAUGGCGAGUAUUAUCUCCACGUUUGACGUAGUUCCUUCUCGGGACGCUCGAGGUCGGCAAAUAAUCCCAGAGGCCACUUGGGAAUCUGGUAUAAUCAGACAACCUGUAAAAAUAUCCACCCACGGUCGCAGAAGAGUCUUGAGCUGA